AUGCCUCUGGAUGUUGAACAAUGGUUGUGGUGCAUUUUCUUCGGACUUGGGACACUUAUAUGGGGGCAGGUACUUAUUUCCGUGCCUUCUUGGGUCGUACCCAAACUCUCAACCAUCUGCUUCUGGACAAAACGAAGUCAUCUACGCCGAAAAAGGCGAACCAAUGUGGGAGCUUCCAUUGCUGCAUGCGAAGAUAUGGCUAGUGUUGCACCGCUGUCUCCAGUUGACUUGGAGGAAGGUAUUCCCACUGCUGAUUCUCAUCACCCUAAGGCGCAGAGCGUGGAUGCCAAUUCCAUUGAGGGUCUGAAGCCAAAUGUAGCUGAGACCUCCAUAGAACUAUCUGCACCUAUGGAAUAUGCUGAAAUAAAUGAACCUAUGGUAACUACCGACUCUGACAUUGAAGAUGAUGUCACUGAGAGCGAGGACGAGGAGGAACCAAAAGAACUCCGCCAAGGACAAGUACUCUGGAUUCGCGGGCUUUCCCGACUUCAAACACAGAACCAAUCGGUGGAUGGAUCAAUGAGUUCACUUCUCACGGCCAUUCGUCGUUCCAACUUCCGACUUGCCGCUUCCUCCGGCAGACAUGUAUUACAUGCAAGUAUAAGUAUCCCAAUACCACGUGGAGUAACUUCCACGACCUCAACUUCUCAAGCUGGUAUUCGAAUGAUUCGAAGGGCGGCUCAGGGGAGAGGAAAAGGGGGUAGAAUCUUGUUUCGCAGCUUUACUGUGGACUCCCCUUUACGACAAGAUUCACUUGUGAAAUUAUCUUCCAACACAGGAAGCAGAAUUGUCUCCGCAAGUGAAUCCACAGAUAUAACUGGAGUUGACGUGUAA